UCAGUUAUCAGUCAGUCACUGAGAUUUGUUUUUAAUGUUCGAUAAAUUCAAGGAUAAAUGGAGAGUGUUGCUUUAAAAAAUACAAUUCCUAAUCAACGCAAAAUGAAUAAAGACGAAAAUGGCAGUGAGAACCAAGGCCAUGGAGACACUAGUGCAGCAGCAGAAUUUCAACACAAUGAGGUUCCAGAUCACGAAGUGGAGCAGAAAGUGGUUAAACAUAUUUCGAGGGGUUCCCAAGUAAAUGUUUCCGACUUGGGACUGCGCAGUCUGAUGAAUUUGAGCCACCGAUCGAUCGAUGGCGCAGUUAACGAAGACAGCUAUGAUGACUUUAUGGCAGCUCGAAUUAACGCUCGUCGUCAUCGCAGGAAUAGAUUCCUGCUGCCCUAUGUGUGCAAUGAGUGCCGAAACCUUGUGCGCGAAGGUGUGAUCACCAUCUGCGGUCACCUAUUUUGCUGGACCUGCUUGUGGCCCCGCCUUAGUGAUAAUUUCUAUCCGAAGUGCCCUCGCUGUCAUCACCGUUUGAUCCUGCACGAGGAUAUCGUGCCCUUCCACGGCGAAGGACCCAAUGCCAACCCCAAUGACGAUAACUUCCUGGCCCAGCCGGGUUCGGUGCCCCGGCCCACGGGCCUGUAUCUCUGCGACCAGCAGUAUCCGGGCUGGUUCAUGGUCAACGAGCCCACCGAGGUGCGCCGUGGCCAACUGGCCCUGCAGGAACUGACCCGGGAGCGGGAUCUCUUCUCCGUGGUGUCUCGUCUGCCCGUUCAGCAUCCGCGGGUGGGCACUCAGCUCCGCUUCCUCAAGGGCUUCCAACUGGGCUGCGCCAUCCUGAUGUGCCUCCUCUGGGGCAUGGUCUCACUGACCUAAGAUUUUGCUGUAUUGAAUUUUUUGAAUUGUUUGAUUUACUUCGUUGUUUACGGGAGGCCAAGAUAAUACUAAAUCGAUGUCGGGACAAACUCGGCAAGGCCGCAAUAAAUUUCUGUAACUAUUAA